AUGACUCGACAGGAACGUGUCAAGCCCUGGUACCUCGGCUCGCUGGACUACUACUUCGUUGACGACCGGGCUGCGACAGUCGACCGGGAUCCGGAAGCGAAUUUUGUGCCGGGCGUGGCUCAGUACGCCGAUGACGAGUAUAAGUCCCUGCAGCUGCCUCCGAAUCCGAGAGGACGACCAAAGGACACUACCAGACCCUCCCGUGCCUCGCAGCGACAGGCGUCCAAGAAGGCGAAAGAAAGAACAUCCAUGCUCUAUGAGGAGUACGGACAACCCACAGAUGAAGACGAGGUCUCGAGCGAGGACUCACCUGUCAAGGGUCAGAGUGCCGAGAAGGAGACUGAGGUGUUCGUCGCAACGAUCAGACCCUGUCAGCCGACCGCAACUUACUCACCAACCCAGAAAACCAGCUCCGUGUCGAUGACUCGUCAGGCACCAUCCAGCUGUACGCCGUAUGCACUGACUGAGAGCUCAUCUUCAGGCAAAGCUGGCCGAAAGCGUGGUGCUGAGACCAAGGCUGCCGCAAAACGUAAAAGAGCACGUCGAAGUUUGCUCCAGGACAGACAAGAUCUCUCCGAAGACAGGGAGGUCACUUUGGGCCGCGAGAUUGUUGCUAAAACCAGCAAUGACAUUGCAGAAGUGGACAAGGUUGAAGAAGUCAUACAUGUAGCCGUGGCUUCAAUGACACAGGCAGCGCCCGCCAGCGCGGCGCCGUCGGAACCUACUCCCCUCGAAGCACCAGGACCGGUGGGAAGCCAAUCAGGGGCUAUUCCGGGACACGGCGGAAAAGCACCACGACACCACAAGACGGAUAAUUCAGGCACAUCGAUUGAAAGUCGGAGCGCAUCGGUCGAAAGCCGCAUCAGUAGCAUCAGUUUACAAUGGGCCCAAGUCGAGGAAAUCAUCGUCCAUGAAAGGUUCGUGAAUGCAGCGCAUCUGACCGUUCCUGGAUUGCGGAGCAGCAUUGUUGACGACUUGGCACAAGAGCUUGGCAUCAUUGACUAUGCAGACAUCACUGAUCAUCUGAACGAGAUCCGGCGCAACCCGCACGAGGGCGCAAGAGUUGAAGCUGCAAGAGCGCUCGGGAGAGCGAUCAUGGACCGUAUGAUUGUUGCAGGUAUAAAAUCGGAGUAA